AUUGCUUUCAUUUAUCUUCCUAUUCGUCAUGUCUAUCCACAAAACUGUGAAGCUCGCAAAUGGGCUGGCAAUGCCAUCGCUUGGGCUCGGCACCUGGCAGCAGCGCGAUGCUGAUGUUGUGAAACGGGUUGUUGGCCAGGCGCUUUCUACAGGAUAUCAGCUAAUCGAUACAGCGAGCGUUUAUCGUAAUGAAGCGGCAAUUGGCGACAUGUUGACUGAGAUAUUCAAUGGACCUGGUUCGACGAUCCAGCGCAAGGACAUCUGGAUUACGAGCAAGCUUGCACCCACGCAGCAGGGGUACGAGAAAGCCAAACAGGCAGUCCUCGAUUCGCUUGAGAAACUGCAGACCGACUACAUCGAUCUGUAUCUGAUUCACUGGCCUGGCGCGUCAAGGCUAAAGCCUGACAGUCCCAAGCAUCGCGAGAUGCGUGCGGGGAGCUGGCGUGCACUGGAGGAGCUCUAUGAGCAGGGAAAAGUUCGAUCGAUCGGCGUCAGCAACUUUACUACACGACAUCUCGACGAGAUGAAGGAGUAUGCUAAGAUACAGCCGAUGGUCAACCAGUGCGAGAUGCACCCGCUGUGCCAGCAAACAGAACUUUUACAGUACUGCGCGCAGAACAGCAUUGCAUUCACUGCCUAUGCUAGCUUGGGUGAGGGAGCACUGGUCAACGGCGAUGUCAAAUUGCCACAGCUGGACGCAGUUGCCGCGCGGCGCCCUGACCUAACCCCAGCCCAGAUUCUGCUGAUGUGGGGACUACAAAAGGGUGUAGCAGUAAUUCCCAAGGCGUCAAGCGCCGGGCGCAUCCAGGAGAAUUUCGACGUAUUGGCAAAGGCCGAGCUCAGUGCGCAGGAUGUCACAGACCUCGAUGGUAUUGGCAAUAAGCCCGAAAAGCACUUUUGCUGGCAUGCGGGGCACAUUGCAUGAUUGCCCAUGCCGCUGCUGCCGGUGUCAGAACACAUCUCGGUGAUGGCGUAUCCCAGAGUGCGGCCCCUUCUUCAUUCGAACCCAAUUCUACAACCAAGCAAUUGCAAUAUUUUAAAUGAAGUUUUAUAAUGGCAUUCAGUACUGC